AUGGACGGUGGACACAGCCUCAGGAUGGACGUUACUGUACGAGAGCUCAUGGAGCUCUUUCUGCAGAGCACGCUGGUGGCGGGGGUGACCCGCCACCAGGAGACCCUGUUUAACUUGCAGAGGUUGGAGGUCCCAGACAUGGCCCUGGAGGAGCUGGAGUUUCUCUCCAGCAACAUGACCUGUCGCCUCAGGAGGCUCUUAAUUGAGCAAGACAGUUACAGGGAGCUGGUCGUGACCAUGACCCAGGAGUGGAACACCAGCAGCCGCCCCAGCGAGGACACGCAGCCCCUGGCCGUGGAGCUGGCGGACACCAAGGCCACGCUACGCCGAGUCAGGCAGGAGCUGGAGGAGAAGACGAAGCAGCUGGCGGACGCCAGGCAUCAGUUGUACCAGCUGGUGCUGGUGCUGCAGGAGGCCCGGCGCAAUUGUCUGGCCUUGCUCACCACAUCUCCGUAUGGAGACUUGGGCACCAUGACUCAGGUGCCGACUGGAGACGAAUAUUUUUCCAUGGACACCGAGGGCCAUCUCCAGGACCAUUGGAUUUGGUAUUGGAUUGAUAAGCUAUUCGAGCGGGAGGAGGAGAAUGUGCAGCUGAAAUCGAGGCUGCACCACCUACAAUUGGCCCGGGACACAGACCAGAAAUGCCUUGAGGAGCUGCGGGAAGAGAUCAUGGCCCUCAAGACUGCACAAGGGCAGAGUGUGGAGGAGUCCGCCCACCUGCACUGGGAGCUGGAGCAGCUGUCAGAACAUGAAGGGCCUGGCCACCUUGAGUCAGGCCGCGAAAUGCGAAGGAAGUGCUGCCAGUUUUCUCAGCUUCCAUUCAGCCAGUGCCAGGAGCUUCCAGGUGACAGCACGCUGAUGCCCAGGGGGGUCUUCGAUCUGUCGGGGGAGGAGUGGAAGCUCGGGAUGCAGGAGGCGUCCCCAGUGGUCACUCGCCUCCAUGAUAGUUGUACCCGGGGCAUGGUUUCCUCCGUUGAUUUCAUCAUCGGACAGAUGGCCUCCAGCUGCUUCCUGAAGCUGGACAAGGAGAAGCAGAGCCUCCAGGACACCAUCCAGGGGCUGCGCGACGCCUCCCUGGCCCUGCAGGAGAGCAGCCUCCAGCGCCGGGAGCUGGAGAAGGAGAACCAGCAGCUCAGAAAGCAGACUGAAGACUGGCAAGUCCAGAUGGAAAGAGAAAAGCAGACCAGCCGGGAUCUGGCGGCUCUCUGUGAGGAGCUGGUGGAGGAGAGAGAACAGCUGCUCCGUGACAUCGAGACCCUGAAGGCUGAGGAAGCCCAGGAGGCCUACACUUUAGGUCUCCAAUUUGGACCGAAAUCACGCCUGUGUCAUUUCCAUUGUGUUUUCCUGCAGUUCAAGGAUCUUAAACAACUGGUGCGUUCACUGCGGGAUAGUUCACAGACCAGCAGCAAGGCCCGCAUGAAGGGCCAGAAGACUGAGAAAAAAGUGCUCCUCCAGACGGUGACGGACACCAAAAGGAAAGUGACCAUGAUGGAGUGGGAGCGGCGGCAGCUGUGCCGGGACCUGGAGCAGGUGAAGGCGCAGGCGGCGCAGGCACAGGAGCUGGAGCACAGGAAGGAGCUGCAUCGCCUGCAGGAGGAGAUCGAGAAGCUGGCCAUGGAGGUCAGCGCCCUGACGACAGCCCCCGAGAGGGUCCACGCCCUCGAGCGGGAGAGCCCGGAACUGUUGCUGGAGAACCAGAGGCUGCAGACGUCUCUGGACACCCUGCAGCCCGAGGGCCUGGAGCAGGACAAGCAGCUGGACACCAGGGUGGAAAAUUCCACUCUGAGCUCCCAGAGCGCCUCGCUCACUGCGCUCACAGAGCAGAACACGCAGCUCCAGCACCAGCAGCUGGCGGCAGCCCACAAGGCCCUGCAGCAGGAACACGCGUGCCUGGGCGCGCUCCACGAGCGCCUGGCUAGGGAGCACGAGGCCCUUCUGGACAAGUACCGCCGCCAGAAGACACUGCUGAGUCGGACCCUGAAGCUGGAGAGCAAGGCUUUCAGUGACAGAUACAAGGACCAGCUCCAACAUAAGGCGGCGCUGGAGCAGCUGGGGACGCUCUUGACCACCGAGCGGGAGGCUCUGCAGCAGGAGCAGAUGACGAGUGCCAUGGCCGCCGAGGAGAACCAGAGGCUGCAGCGAGAGCUGGACAGGGCCAAUUCCCUGCACCAGCAGCUGAAAGGGGAGCAGGAGGAGCUGCAGACCCACACUAAGAAGCUGCAGACCUCCCUGAACGACACCCAGCUGCAGGUGAACUGCUGGCAGAACCAGUGCAACUGGCUGAGGGAGGAGCUCCAGAGCACGGACAGCUCACUGACCGAGCUGGACAACCGCUUCCAGCUGGUCUCCCGCCUCAAGGGCAACUUGGAGGGAGAAAAACGUGACCUGCAGAACCAAAUCCAAAGGCUGAAAGAGCAGAACCAGAGGCUUCUCCAGGAGGACGUGGAGGACAAGGACCAGCUCCACGAGGAGCAGCAGCAGUACGUAGACAAAUUCAAUGCCUUACAGAGACAAAAUGAAAAACUGGAAGUAAAAAGCAUGGCUCAGCACAAGUUCCAUGAUCCAGCGCCAAAGAAGAAAAAGCACUGGAUUGGAGCCAAAGUCUUAGUCAAACUCAUCAAACUAAAGAAAGGGGGAUCCAGAGAACGACCAAAGUCAACCCCACAGAGGCCUCCCUGGCCGCUGGGGUCCUCAGACCAGGCCUCGCCCAGUACUUCUCAGCCUCUUCAAUCGCAGCUGGAACCCCUCGAGGCCACCCCAUGCUGCUCAAAGGUGACAGAAGAGCAAGACACCUGCAGGGGGCCCAGGGGAAAAGGCCCUGGGGACCCAAUACCAAAGGGAGUGGCCCCACACAGAGGCAGCCUUGACCGCACUCGAGGAGAUGCCUCUGCUGACCCAGCCACCAAGCCCCGGCCAUCAGAGCUGGGCUCCGGGGCCUGUUCAUCCUCAGCCAUCACUACAGCUCCUUCCAGCUCCACCUCCACCUCCCGGCACCCAGGCCGCACCCAUGAUCCCUUCUCCUCACUGACCAGCUCUGGGCACCUGGGCGAGCCACCCAUCCUCCAAGUGUGGGUUCCUGAAGCUUCCAGAUGGGGACAGGGCUGGGAGUUCCGGUCCAUCGUGGUCAGAGGACACGGGGUCUGGCCCAACAGGGUGAAAGAGCACUGGCAGAGAGGAAAUCAGCGCACCCCUCACCGCCCCAGUCCCACGGGGGAGCGAGCAGAACUAGCCUGGAAGUGCGGCAGCUCCCGGUGGAGGCAGCUCAGGCUCCUAGUGACAGGACCCGGCGCAGAUGGAGAGGCAGGGAUGGUCUGGUCACAGCUCAGACUCCAGCUGACCGGAUCCUGCUUCAGGGCUGCAUGCAGUGCCUGGGAUGGAGGCGGUACCGGUGGGCGGACCCAGCAUCCUCCCCGAGGCGAGCUGAGCCAGACCGGGGACUGUGGCGCCUCCCGCGAGACCCGGCGCUUCAAGGCCCCGCCCCCGGGCCCCGCGCGAAGCAGGACGGGAAGUUCAGCUGGGUCCCAUCCUUUGGUUUUGGAUCAGAAGCUAACGCCCGUGGUCCGCGGCUGCCGCUCGCCGGUUCUCCGGAGCGGGGGGCGCAGGGGGAGGAAACGCUGCAGCGGCGGCGGAGUCCCCGUGACCGACUCUGCUGUGGCCCCGGGGGCGCAGCCCGGCUCCCGCGCCUCACGUGUCCCGAGUGACUCAGGCGAGGCCCGGCCGGCGGUGCUGCUGGUCGCCGCGUGUCCCUGA